AUGAAGCUCGAUCUUCUCCCCUCAUCGCGCAUACUUUCCCUCAUCUCCAAGCUGUAUCAUGAGCCUCCCGCACGAUUGUGCCGGACCAUGUGCAUCCCGACACCUAACCCCUGGGCUGGUUCGAGCUUGCUUCCUCUCUUCGACGCCCCGGCGGCACCUUCGAUCGCCGACUACGAUACGAUCCGACGAUAUCUCUCUUCCAUAUCGCCAGUUGACUCGCUAAGAAGCUACGCUUUCUGGGUUGACCACGCAGCGAUUCUACCGCAGCUGGAGUUGCUGGCGAGCGCAAAACUUUUCGUCGUCCCACGGGAAAUUCGAACACCUUCGAAGCAUACUCUAAUCCGGUUUUCUUCACUGACACACAUAUACAUCUCCCAUCCGGAAAUCCUCGGUCAUCUUGUCGUACCCAAACUCCAGGAACUCGUGUUCAUCGGUGACGCUUUCACCAACGGCAUACUCUCGGAGUGCAGCAAGGAGCUCGCAGCCUCGCGAAAUGAAGGUCGAGUUACAAUCCUGAUGGGUGAAGCUUUGAAGGCCCAUUGCUGCUGA